CAGCAGUCAUGUUGCACCAAGGCUGGCAGCUCUACGGGAAGUGGUGCCGCUGGUCCAGUCCUUUCAUCCACCUCCUCACGCUGACUGUGGUGACAUUCGGUGUGCUGGCUCCUUUGAUUUGCCACCGGCUCCUCCACUCCUAUUUCUACGUGCGGCACUGGCACCUCAACCCCAUGAGCCAGGAGUUCCUGGAGCGGAACCGACAGCAGGGCCAGGCUGCUCUCCGUUACUUUGAGGAGCUGCAGGUACUGAACACUUCUGAGGCGGCCAGCAGUGAGGCCUUCCGGCCCUUCCUGCUGGUCACCAUUAUCACUGUGCAGCGGCGGAGUGAUUUCCACUAUGUCCUGCAAGUAGCCUCCCGCUUCCACCGCCUCCUCCAGCAGUGUGGCACACGCUGCCAAAGCCACCGCAUCCUCCUCUGCAAUGUGGAGCCAGACCCCAGCAGCCACCAGGACGUCAGGCUGCUUAGCAGUUUUUUUCCCAUGGUUAGUCGUGACAAAACCAAGGAGGACCCUAAGCCUAGAAUGAACCAAUUUGAGAAGGAGAAGCAGGACUAUGUCUUCUGCCUUGAGCAGUCACUGUCAGUUUAUAACCCAGAAUACAUCUUGAUAGUGGAAGAUGACGCUGUGCCAGAGGAGGAGAUAUUCCCUGUCCUGCAGCACCUCUUGCUGGCCCGGUUUUCCAAGCCAUACCUCAGAGAUGCGCUCUACUUCAAGCUUUACCACCCCGAGAGGCUUCAACGCUAUUUAAACCCUGAGCCCAUGAGAAUCCUGGAGUGGCUGGGUUUGGGAAUGUUCCUGGGGCCAAUGCUGAACUGCGUCUACUCCUGGGCAGCCGGCCGCCCGAGCCUGAGCUGGCCCAUCGUCUUGUUCUUUGCUUUGUACAGCAUGGCGUUGUCAGAGCUGGUGGGACGCCACUACAUGCUGGAGCUGCGCCGCCUGACCCCCACGCUCUACAACGUGGUGCCUGCCACCGAAUGCUGCACGCCCGCCGUGCUCUUCUCUGCUGCCUCUGCCCGCCGUGCCUUGAGCUACCUGGAGGGGCUGCACUGCCGCCAGGGUUUCGCUAAGGAUAUAGCCCUCUACUCCCUGCUGCGAGCUAAGGGGGAGAACGCCUACGUGGUGGAACCCAACCUGGUGCAGCAUGUAGGCAUGUAUUCCAGCCUGCGGUUAAACGACAACCCCAAGCUGUUGUGAUCUGCCCCUGCCCUUCGAGACACAAAGACUGGAGAGC